AUGGCGUCUGAGACGACGCAGUCGUUCCACCUCCCCUCGCUCGCCCAAGUCAGUUCAGCACCCCUAUCGUCGUCCCUCCCUCCGCCCUCGGCGCUCGAUCCGACGCACGACGUCUCUACCUUCUUCUCCAACACGGGCGCGCCGUCGUCCUCAAUGAACCCGCACCCAGGCCACGGCCUCCCCUUCCCUCCCCUCAUCCCGCCCGCCUCGAACGGCUACGGCCACCCCGCGCCUUUCCCUUCGUAUCCUCCGACUCCCUACUCCGCCUACCCAACACCAGGCACGAUGCACGCCCUCCCUCCCGCGCACGCAUCUGCCGCACUGCCCGGUAUCGGCCAAGUCCGAUGCUACUGGACCAUCCUCUCCUCCAAGCUCGAGUACGCCUACCUCGAUCCGGUGUUGGACACGCAUCUCGGAGCGUGGAAGGACAAGUUUGUUGGGACGAGCGUGCUCGAUUGGGUCCAUCCGGAUGAGAGGGAUCAGUUGGCGGAGGAUUUGCUGCCGAAGGAGGAUACCGUCGCGGGAGUCGAGUCGACUGGCGUCUUUGGCAGUGUGACGAGAUGCCGCUACUCCCGCCUAACCCGCAUCAUGCGCGAACUCGGCUGCCCGCACCCUCCUUCACCGCCCGAUGCUGCACUUUACGCCAUCGACGACGACUACCUCAACCUUGAAGUGACGACGAGCUGGAUUGCGGGAGACAGGAAGGGUAAGGGUAAGGAGGGAUUGCCGAACGGAGCGGUGUUGGCGUUUUGGCAUGUCGCGACGGACAAAGACCCGGCUCACGACAGUGAUCCUCAGCACCGCACCGAGUGGAGCAACUGGUGCGGCGCCUCGCUCGAUUACGGCCCUUACCUUACUCCCCAGCAAUGCGACGACCUCCUCGCCGCCCUCACACGUCUCACCUCACCCUCUUCCUCCUCGUCCGUCGACUCGCCCGCCUCGGCAGACGACCACAAAGGCGCACUCAGCUCCGUCCUGAACGAGGACGGGACCCGCUCAGACGAAAAAGGCGCAAGCGGUCCCCCUCCUCAUGUCUUCCAGAUCCUCGACCAUGCCGGAAGGCCAAUCAUCACGUUCCCGCAGAGCGAGGGGACGGGCGAGGAAGGGAGGAAGAGGAGGGCGUACGAUGCGGAGAGGUUUUCGGCGCUGGCGAGGGAGGUGAUGGCGAGGCCGAGGGAGGCGGCGCAGAGUCGGACGAGUUGUACGAGAAGGUACAGGAGCAAACACCCUGUCAUGCGCGACGGGACGCUCACGACCAUCGAAUCGGUCGUCAUCAUGUACGGCGCGAUCACCUUCGCCUGCUUCCAAACCGGCGGCGUCUACCUCAGCUCGGCGCGCAAGGCCGGUCUCUCGCUCGUCACCAGCGGCGACUUGACGGGCUCGAACGCGAGCGCGCACGACUUUGCCCUCGAGGACGUCCCGCACACGCCGACGGUUGGUGGACCCGCUGCGAACGGCAAGCGCUCGUCGCUUGAUGGGCGAUUCGAGGGCUCGAACGGGCUCGACCAGUCGCAGCCGAACAAGCGGUUCAAGGCCGACGCCGACGGACCGCCAGUCUUGCCUAGGCUGCAGACGGUUGCGGCCUCGCCGGCCGCCGAGCCAGAGUCGCCGCACGAGCAGUCGCACUCGCACCUCAACGGCCUCUCAAUCUCGACGAGCGGUCGGUCGUUCCGUCAAAACCUGGAUGUCGACACGAUCACGGCGGGCGGGAUCUCGCCGACUGUUGCUUCAGCGUCGGCCAUCCUCGGCUCGCUGGGCGAUGCACCGGUGCACCAUUCUCCGCCUCUCCAUGGUCCCGGCCCUGCGCAGACCUCCUACGCCGCGUUCUACAACUCGCACCCCUUCGAACAGCACCACCCCGCUCACGGCUACCCGACUGCGUCGGCCGGCUACGCUCAGUACUCGCCUCACCCGCUCUCGCAAUCGCACAGUGGCUACUUCCCGCCUGCCCCGCAGUCGCCUCACGAACCUGCCUCGGCGCACAACGGUCGCGGCUUGUACCCUCCGCCCGGCCAACCUGUCUAUGACCUCCCGCAACCGAACGUGCAGCCGAGCGCGUCGCCAACGCCUUCACCGACGACGCACACCAUCUCCCAGACCGACUUUGAUACGUUCGCUCAAAGCAUCCCCGUCCCUCCUGCGCCGGCAAACUCGUCGGGUAAGAAGCCGCCCAAGCAGCGGCCUGAUGGACCCGUCUUCAAGCCGAACCCGAAGGCGUGCGAGAGCUGCGGGACAGUCAACAGUCCCGAGUGGAGGAAGGGACCGACGGGCGCAAAGACGCUCUGCAACGCUUGCGGUCUCCGCUACGCCCGGUCGGUAGCCCGCGCGAAGAAGCAGGCGGAGAUCGCGGCGAACGGCGGCGUGGCUCCGAAGAAGGGCAAGAAGAAGGGCAAGGCGGCUGCUGUCGCUUCGGCGGUCACCGGCGACGAUGCGCCGCAGGCAUCGGGCUCGACGCCCUACAGCCAAGAAGCGUCGCCCAUGCCCGGGUCGCAGUACGACCUCGUCUCCGCCUACACUCGCGGCCCGUCUCACCCGACGCCAAAGCCGUACACGCCCUACCACACCACUGCGCCAGGCAUGCCCGGUCAAUACUCGCAUGUCGGCUCUCCGACCGUCGCGCACGCCCCGCAAUACCCCUCCCCAUCUCUGCCUCCGCCCUCCACAAACUCCUACUUCCCCUCGUCGAUGCCGUACUCGGCUGCAGGCGGCUACUCAGCCGCUACUGCGCCCAUGCCUGUUCCGACGCACUCGCCACUCCCUCCCGUCUCGCACGGCGGCUUCGACUACUCGCGCGCGCCCAGCCAUUCGCCCUUCCCGUACCCGCAAAUGUCGUCAGCCGGCACCCUCUCGCCGCACAUCCCGCCGCCCAUCCACUCGCCCAACCCGGGCGCUUACCCCUCGCAUUCCGCACCGACGCACUCGCCGCACAUGCACGCGCUCUCGCCCUACCCGCCUCAACACUACGGCUGGCCCGGCCAGCAGCAGCAGCAGCAGCACCAUCUCUCGUCGCAACAGCAACAACCGCAGCAGCAUCAGCAGCACGAGAACGAAGAGCCUCAGCGCGGCGGCGACCCUUGA